AUGUCUACUUGCAUUGUUACGGGUGACGGUCCCGACUUUUUGUGCGACGAGACUCUCCACGAGGCCUAUGAGCUCAAUAUCCAGACCAAAAAUGGUAAAUAUGUGAGAUUUGGGGAGCUUGUAGCUGGCAAAGGUGACUCGGUGACCACCAUUGUCAUUUUCGUUCGCCAUUUCUUCUGUCUGUACGACCAAGCCUAUGUCAAAACACUAUCCAACCAACUCACUCAGACUCUCCUCGACACGAUCCCAGACAGUGCCAAACCAGCCCAGGUGAUUAUCAUCGGGUGCGGCGACCAUUCUCUCAUAGUUCCCUACAUGGAAGAAACUUCUGAUGCAUUCCCCAUCUACACUGAUCCAACGGGGAAAAUAUACGAGACCCUACAUAUGAAACGAACCACGGAGGGGUUUACCAGUCCACCUCCCUAUACACCAGAGUCGUUCCCUAGUGCUUUGGGCAAAUGUCUCAAGCAAAUAUGGAAACGCGGGUGGGCAGGACUGAGAGGUGGGAGUUGGAAUCAGCAAGGGGGCGAGUGGAUCUUCCAACGGGGAAGACUUCGAUAUGCUCAUCGAAUGGAGGGGGUAAACGACCAUCUCACGGCAGAUCGGUUGUUCAGUAUCUUGAAGACAGCUCAGGAACAGGAUAGUCUACCCGCAUCUGGGAAAUUAGGGGAAAUGCGUAGGGGAAACGGAGAAGUGACUGAGAGCCAAGAGAAUGGAAGUACCGUUGGAAAUGGAGGAUCCUUAGUGAUAUAA